GUUUCUUGUUUAGACAGAUCAGAUUUCGUGCCUGACACUGACAGCAUCGAGUUGUUGCUCCUUCGUUCGUGCCUCCAAAUCUUGUGAAGAUUCACAACGAAAGUAGUUGUCCUUGCUGUUGUCUCACCUCUUUGUCUUUUCUAAAGAAUUUCAACGGUUACUUAAUCGCGUCGUUAUGUUUACUUGAGAGGAUCUGGUGGAUCUCUGCAAUAGUACCCAUUUUCCCCACGACAGCACGGCCAUGGCAAACCCUUUCGAGGACGAGGAAGACCUGAUCAGCAGGGAUGCCGGAGAGCGCGGCGGCAGCAACUCCUUUUUCCAGCGCAGCGCGAAAAAAAAGAAGAACUACAGCACGCCACCGCAAAACUACAGCAGCGGCCCUGGCUCGUCCUCGCGUCAACAGCUAUUUUCGCCCGGGCUGCUGGGAAUCGACUGCACGGAAGACGAGGACCGGGGCAACACGAAUAACUCGACUGCAGCGCGGAGGAGCCUCCAGAGCGGUGGCACGGUCCGGUCGGCGCGAAGGCGGUUGCUCGAUAACUGGCAGGUUACAAACGGCCACCCCUGUUAACACAAUCGGGGGGAAAUGUUUCCAAUAAUCUUCCGAAAUCCUUCCAGCACCCCGGCAAAGUUCGCGGCGCCCCAGCCCUGAGUGCAGCCGGACGGCCUUCUUGUUUUUCUGCCCUGGGACGGGCAGCCCACCGCGGCAGGGUGGCGUAGACAGUAGCCCGAGGCGUGGCGCGCAGCCGCUCGCUGUAGGGCUUGCGCCCCAUUGCCACCUUAAACCAGCGCCGGAAAUCGGGCGAGUUGCGCCCCCUUGCCCCCUGUGUUGUGCACUACAGCGGAACGAACUUAACGAAAGGCCGAGGCAGGCUUCCCAGCAAGCCUGUCGCGCCCGGAGGGGGCCGGCCCGCGGCCUUAGAUAGAAGAUGCAGCCGCCGGGCCGUAAUGGGUUGCUUGUGGAAGGACCCGCGGCUCGCGGAGUGCGUCGCAAGCCGACAGCUGUCCCUGAAGAGGGCCAACAGAAAAUCCUUCCGAAGGGGCCGCCGGAAGGGCUUCCGGAAUGCUCGCGAAAAUCCUUCCCGAGGCUUCCGGAAAUCCUUCCGGAAUCCUUCCGAAAUGCUUCCGAAAUCCUUCCGAAAUCCUUCCGCCAACGGUAUGGUCGACUCUCCUGGGCGAAAGGGAAAUCGAAAUUUUUUUUUUUUCUGAAAAAAGCAAUUUGUAAUGCGCCAAGGCGCCACUUUUUCGCCCGGCAGCGCGCGGCCUACCUCGCACACCUGCACCCGACCGCCCGUCCGGCACCUCGCUACCGGCCUGGCCCGGAGUUCAUUCUGGUUGCGCCCUUCCCCUCUGGUGUCCCAGUAGGCCACCUACAGGGCGCUGCCGAAUCUGGGCAAGUUGCUUGGCAGGGCGGUGUAUCUCGAUACGCAUCGCCUCGCUUGCGAUGUUUGAUUGGCGCUUUUUGCGGUUCGUAGUGCCGUGCGGCUCAAAAAUUGAGCCCGGCGCUACGGCGCUCUUAAGUCUGUUCUCCGCCUGCAAAUCGAUGUGGCCGCAGCCACAACUGGCCCGACAUAAAUAGAUGGCCCCACAGCUUACAGGCUGUGGGCGCAUUGAAAAGCUGGGGCGCUGGAAGCAUUUCGGAAGAUUUUUGGAAGAAUUUCCGCGAAGGCGGUUGCUCGAUAACUGGCAGGGGCAGAACGGGUAUGCGUACGUUGGGGACCGGCCGCCGCAAAGGCGCGCAAAUGGGGACGAGGUGAACCAUGGGCAAAACGGGCCCGGAGAGCAAACCGGAUUGCUAGCGGGCCAGGAUCGGGUAGAAUUUUCUACGUGGUAAUUUUGCGUUGGUGAUGAACAAGCUUGCAUGCUUGGGUUUGGUGUUUCACAUCAUCCACUAUUGUACAGCAAUAUUAUUUUAGUUUUACACUUGUGCCGCCUAUGCUGGUGACCUGUUAUUGUUACAGAUAGAACUAGUACGAACGAUAUCGCGUUUGUUGUACUGUACAUCCAUUUGAUCAAACCCCAGUUUUCCGGUGCGUACGAGGCGUAUCAGGAGCCAGAGCUUUUCGAACUGAAAAAAUGCUUUGGGUGCAUCGCACCCUGCGUGGUCCAUAGUGUCUUGCUGGUCUUAUUCUGGUCGGCCUACAUUCUGCUGUGUCUCAUCCACUGCUUCCCCGCCCUCCCCUUUGGGGAAGCAGCGGCGGCCCCCGAGAACGACCAAGCUCCGUAUCGCCGCUCCGUCGACCCGGCCACCAGGACCAUGCUGCAAAGAGCGACCUGGUGGAUGCAAUUCGGGCACGAAAUGCAGUUUGCCCUGGGGUGCUACCUCUGCGGGGUGAUGUCCAUGGUGGAGGUGAAGAUCUACCACUCGAAAUCCCAUUUGUGGUGGCGGUUGGCGAUCUCGCCGUUCUACCUUCUCCUACCCUUCCAUCACGCGGACGAGUGGAGGUAGAGCGGAAGUAAGUAUGUACUGAAAAACUAGACGUAGACCACACGUACGAAUUUUUUAGAGAAUGUCGUGCCAGCUCCAGCAUGUUAGUUGAACUAGUCAGUGGUUCCCACUGUGUGGCCAGCAUGAUGUGCUUUUCCUGAUUGUUGUUUCGGUUCCUUCUUAAUGGAUCGAGAGGAGCUACUUCCAGGCAGCCGCAGCGUAAUGACAAGUCGUAAAGCAUCAACAGCAUUUUGUUUUCUCUAAUCUAUCUAUCAACAAAUCAGGUUUUUGAACCCCACUCCGCCCCAACAGCCGGAAGAGUACCGCACGACGCCACUGUGGAUCCAGGAACUGUUCCGGCCGAAAGCCGGACGACAAGGCAGUGCGUGGAUUUUGUUGCUGCUGUUUAUCGGCUCCUGGCUCGUGGUCGUGAGCCAGCUUUUCCAAGCGUCCGUGACGGAGUGGAUGACGAAAUCGCAGUACGAUCGGUGGUUGAAGGCGGAAGAAGCGAAGAAAACGGAGAAGAAGUUGUUGAAGGAGGCCAAGUAUCAAAUGUAAGAGUGUCUGGGUCUGGAAACUUGUGAUGCUGGGUGGCGUCUCAUGAUGGGGCCACAAGUGCUGGCUCAGCAUGACAAGUUUCUGAGCUUCUAGGUGUUGCCUAUUCUGCAUGACAAACUGCGUUUCUGCAUCACAGAAAAAUGGAGCUCUUGGGUAACGUGCAUAACAGAUUUAAGAGUCACGCCAGACAAGCAUGACAAACAUGCAUUCUUCCAGACCCAGACACUUCUGCAUUUGAUACCAAGGACAAACUGAAGGAGAUCAAAAAGGAAGUGCGGAAUAAAGACAGCAACAACUCGUCUUCGGGAGAACAGCAGGACGAUCAUGGCGAUCAGGAGAAUUUAUCGGGUGAAAACAUCGGGUCGCCGGUGUCUCACCGGAGCGAGGCGACCUAUGAUCGCGGAUGCACGGGGGGAUUCGGUACUUCGUCUGGGAGUAGCGGAAAAAAUAAAAAACACAAGAUGAAGCGUGGUAGCGGCGCGGCAAACAAUGUGUAAAGGAGUGGAUGUCGUUUGUUCCCGGCUCUUGCUGGGGCCACGUCGUAAUACUUCUUGAAGAUGAUUAAAUUUAAAGAUGAAGAAGAGUAAAUAUUUCUGCAGUGAACUACGUUUGUUUCUGGGGUUUUCUUUACCUGCUCAGAAACGAAAUUUUGAAUACAUUCGGAAAGCACUCGGAUAUUGCCUAUUCGGCAGGCUAUUUUCAAAAAAAGAUAAGGAGUAGAGAGACCAAAAUGAGUGCAGACUUUGACUUUUGAUCGUUUUUUUGAUUCCACGCCCCGUCUUCAGCGACACACACACACACACAGUCAGUCGGUGUCCUUACUAGCCCCACUGGAUGACGGGGGUCGUUUCUUUUUCCUCUACUAUGUUGGCAUACCGAAUAUAAGAACCAUUUUAGUACCAAAACGCUCAUGCAAGUAUGCUGUGGACGUCGACCGAGUGGGUGCGGCAGGACCCAAUCGGCACAUGAAACGAGGCAAGGGCAACAACAUCCCGCAUAAAGUAGAUGUUGUCCCUUGCUUAGCUCACAAAAACGCACAGAACAACAACGGGAGAGCCUUCUCCUGGGGCUCCUCUGUUUUACCACGACGUUGAUCUGAGUGAAAAUAAUCCCUUUGAAAGUUAGUACCUCUAAACUACUAACCCCUCUACAAGAACGAAGGAACG